ACAGCGGCACUAGGACCAGGCGGGGAGGAGCAACAUUUCGCCUCGGUUAUUGAGCUUAAGCGACCUCAGUUUUGUACUCUGGCAAUUCAGCGGACGACAAGGAUGCAGUAUCAUUUAUUGAAAUAAGGACUCUUUAAAAGGGCAAGCGUGUAAAGGGUCUGUAUAGGUUAUUUCGUCGACCUGUCACGCACUGCUAAGCACAGGCGACCUAGAAGAGAUGGGAGUAAACCUGGAGACAAGGAUACCCGGUGAACUUCGAGGAGAGGAAACUCUGAUUUGGAUUUAAACAAACCUUCAUUAUUAACACAGCUUGAAGUUAAGUAUACUCCUCAGACGUAUUAACUCUGAAACAGUUUUGCAGACAUUUUUUUUCCCACAGAGAUGUGUGCGUAAAAGCUGUGGCGCAUGGGUCAAACAGUGGUGCUCAUGUAUGCUUAUAAUAUAUAAAAUCGGUUUUAUGAGGAUGUUUCCAAACAUUACAAGUUACAAAAACCCCAAUUUGGAAUAGAGGUACUUUUUGUUAUGUAAAUGCACAAAAAUGCGAAAACAUUCUUCUUUAUGAAACUCUAUCCCCCAGUUGCCAUUUGCGCAAGUGCACAGGCCAAUUGGUUUGUAUCGACGCAAUGGGAAAGCGAGGGUCGGUAAACACUUUGUUUUCCUUGACUUUAACAACAACGCAAGGCGUGGGCAGGGUUGGUUGGACAUUUAUUCAUGAUGUGAGAGACACAGAAAGACGAGGUUGGAGGUUUUCAGGACAAAGGGAUGUUCUUAGAAACAGGUUAGGGAAUUCCUCAGGUGUCACACAGGGGAGUCCACGAAAUGCGCAGAUGAUAAGGUUCUUGUAGAACACUGCUCAAGUAAUUUGCCUUAUAAUAAUAUCUAUAUAGCCUCUUACGGAUGAGCUACAGUAUAUCAUUCAAAUAUGAAUAGGUGUCACGUAUUUUUUAUUUAUUUUUUUUUACAUAAAAAUAUUUUACACAACAAAAUUCUUAGUUAUAUAAAACUUAUAGAAAAUUAAAAAUGGACUGCUCAAUAAAUAUAGCAGUUUUAAUGCAUUUUCAAAGCCGUGCUCUCUUUAAUGAAGGGUCUGUUCCUCUGAACCCCAUCUUUCUAAAUGACCAUCCUGACCUACACGCACUGCACGUACAUGAAUAACUGCCACUAAGAUAAAAUCGCCUCGGUUAUCACACAGUUGUAACUCACGUACAAGUAGUUUGUGGUGUUUACAAUACCAAACAAAAACAAUAUAACCAUAAUGAUUAGCUACGCUUUAAUCUUUCAUGUGUGGAACUCGCCUCAUGUAGGCUACCUUAUUCAGAGUAGCGCCAUAUUACAUUUUUGACGGUAAUGAAAGCGAGGCUGUGACUGUGAGGGGUAGAAGUGAGUUACCGUCAUUUCAGUGGGUUGUACUGUAGUUUACAUUGAUGUUGAAUGUUCGGCACACGAAGCAUUGAAAAAAACCUUUAUAUACAUUUUUCAGUAGGCAAAAAAUCCCGCCAAAAAACAAAAAAAUAAAAAAAUGGCGCUCUGAACAAGGUCUAUAUUAAAGGAACGUUCUUGUUUCAAUACAAGUUAGCUAAGCUCAAUUGACAGCAUUUGUGGCAUUUUGUUGAUUGUUGAUUACUGCAAACUUUAAUUUCGACUCAUCCCUCAUUUAUUAAAAAAAAUACAAUAAGUGUGCGGUUCAAGUAAGGUACUUAAGAUAGAAGUGAAUGGGGCCAGUCCAUAAAUGUUCAACUACAGUUUCCAAAGUAUAACCACAAGAUUUAAGCAUUAUACGUGUUUGACUUUGGCAUUUUACAUGAUUUAGUGUGAUAGAGUCUCUUACGAACCUAAUCUAUGUAAGGUUUUAGCCAAUUACAACUUCCAGUAAACCCUAUUUGAUCACACUAAAACCAUAUAGAACUGAGAUGUCAUUGCACUAAAAUCAUGCUAAAGGUGUACUCAGUAAUUGUUUUGUUUGUUUGUUUUUGUUGUUUGUUUAUGUCGUCUUGGACUUACACUGACGCUUACAGGUGUGGUUGAAGCAUUUUUUUAAACGCAAUAGUUUUCAGUGAUGCCACUGUAGAACUUCAAUAUUCACAGUCAGCCAAGAAUAAUUUAAUUCACAUUAAUUUAAGUGAAAGUGUCAGGCUGGUUACUGAGAUUAAGUGAGUAGUAUUUGACUGGUCAUGUGAUCUUAACAUGGCAGCCCCCAUGAGAGGACCCUCUCCAUGUAGAAUAAAACAGCUUUUAUAAGGUAACUGAUUUGACUGGAGUCCUCAUCUCAUGUGUGCUCAUGAUUUUAUACAUAUGGUUCAAAAAUACUCUUUAUUUCUUUAGUAGUAAAACUUUUAUAUUGCCAAAAAAAAUAAAAAUACAAAAAAUACUGAGUGUACCAUUAGUAUAAUGUUUACGCCUUAAUGUUUUACUACUUUUGAAAAUACUUUUAAGUGUGCACUUCCAUUGUAAUUGCUUUACUGUAACCGUGAUUUUUGCUUUUUUUAUUUUUUUUUUAUAAAUGAGGGAUGAGUUGAAAUUAUUUUCUGUGGAAAUCAACAUCACACUACAAAUGACGUCAAUUGAGCUUAAAACUUGAACUGAACCUGGAACAUUCCUUUAAGCCUUUGUAGAUGGACCUAAUGUGGGUUAAAUCCAACAUUAACUACUAUAACCUAAGCUAUAUCUACAAAUUGGAGGACACAUUGGCACACUAUGCUACCCAGUUUUAUUUCAUGCAUAUGUUUGUUGCUUAUAGGUUGCAUACAUCUCAGCCAUGGUGCCUAACUGGAGAUUGGUUCUGGCCCAUCCUUGCUGUAUUAGCCUGCUUUUCUUACUACUCCUGCCCAGCUCGGUUUCAGUGAGAGAACCUCGCCACCAGCCCCAUGCCCACCUCCCCUCACUGAUACCUCAUGCCACUCUUCCACUGUCCCGUUCCCGCUUUAGCGCCAAAGCUCAGCUGGACCUCACCACUCAUUGCAAUGAAAGCUGCUACCACAAAGGAGAAGACACAGAUAAAUUACACUUAACUGAACAGCUAGCUUUUGAAACUCUUUAUGCAGAUGGCUACCGUACUUUAACCACUGUUGAUUUGGAUGAAAAUUACAAUGCUGUUGAUGCUGAACCUCAUUUCAGGUGGCCCAAAGUAGCACCUUCCAGACAUAAGCGUCUCAAACGGCAGAUUUAUGGUACCGAUGGCCGCUUUAAUAUUCGUGGUGACCAGUUCUUGCUGGACUACCCAUUCUCAACAGCUGUUCGUAUUUCCACUGGUUGCACUGGAGUUCUGGUGUCUCAGCAACAUGUUCUGACUGCAGCGCACUGUGUACAUGAUGGGAAAGACUAUGUCAAAGGAGCAAGGAAACUCAGGGUAGGCUUUCUACUCCUUCCUUCUGUUAACAACACAAAGCCUGGCCAGGCUCCUGUAAAGAAACCAUUGGUGCGCUGGGUGAGAGUGAAACGGACCCGGGUACCUAAAGGUUGGAUCCAAGGUCCCCAAGAGGUCAGCAUGGAUUUUGACUAUGCACUUCUAGAGUUGCGCUGGCCACACAGGCGCCCUUUCAUGCGACUGGCUGUGGCACCCACCUCAGAUCAUUUGUCUGGUAAACGCAUCCACUUCUCUGGAUUUGACAGUGACCGGCCUGGGGAAUUGGUGUACCGCUUCUGUCCAGUGGAGGAUGAGUCCAACGAUCUGAUCUACCAGCAUUGUGACGCCCGCCCGGGGGCGAGUGGCUCUGGGGUUUAUGGACGUGUGUGGGACAAUACUUUAGAGCGCUGGGAGCGUAAGGUCAUUGGCAUCUUCUCUGGACACCAGUGGCUUGAAAUCAAUGGUGAGAAUCGGGACUACAAUGUGGCGGUUCGAUUUACUCCACUAAAGUUUGCUCAGAUCUGUUACUGGGUUCAUGGAAAUAAGGUAGACUGCAGUCAAGACUGAAUACAUGAAGAUGAAGAGGGAGAAGAUGCAGUAGAAUGCAAGAACGGUAAAUCAAUGGACAAAAUAUGACAUGCCUGAACUGGAACCUGCACUUUACAGUCAGUCCUGAAUUUGAGACGAUUGUAGGUAGAUCAUUACCCACAGGCUUUGAUCACUCUUUAUUUCACUUGGGUUAGGACUCAGAGAUGGAACUUUAUUCAACCAUUAUCUUUACUCUAGUUUGCUUGGCGCAAUACAACACAGAGCUAUAGACUCCGGGCCAACAACACGCUAGAUUUAUCUUAUACAAAUUAGGCUAUCCAUUUUCAUUUCGAUGAAUAUAAAGGCUUAGAUAAUGGCUGUGGGGUAAACGUUGAAAAAACAACUUUUAUUUGAAUAAACUUAAAUAUGUCUGUUGUGUUUGCUAUCCUUUUCAUUUGAAUGUAAAGCGGUAAUAGACCUUUUUCACACUCCAGAUUUUGGAACGUGGAAGUAAACGUUUGCAGGGUAAACUUCGACAGAGGUGAAUGGGAGUGAAUGGGAGAUCACAGCAAAUAUUAUUUUCACUUACUCAUUUGCUCCUAGACCAAAAGAAAAAAUCCACUAUUACAUUUGAAUGACUUUCCAGAACAGGAAAAAAAUAAAGAGGGGUGGAUUAAGACAGUAAAAUGGGAGAAGAUGCCAAAUUUACUGUCACUCUCUCAGCAGCUGUAAUAAAACCCCCUUGCAGCUGUGGUAAUUCGUUUUUUAAAACUAAUUCCAGGGUAAUACAACAUAAAUUUACACUCAGUAUUUUAAAAAUGUAUAAUAUAAAAAAAUUGCGAGAUUUAUGCUGAUAAACAAGGCGGAAACGCAUCAUCACAGUCUGUGAAAAAGGUCUAUUGCCAACUGCAGAAGAAAAAAGAUUUAGAAUUUUAUAAAUUGACCUUUUUCACUUUGAUGAUGCGUUUCCGCCUUAUUUAGCAGCUUAAAUCUAGCAAACUUUUUGAAAUUUAUAACAUUAUACUUUGUGUUGUAUUACCGUGGAAUUAGUUUUAAAAAAAGAAUUACCACAGCUGCGAGGGGGUUUAUAUUACAGCUGCUGAGAGAGUGAGAGUAAAUUUGGCAUCUUCUCCCAUCCGAGUGUCUUAAUCCACCCCUCUCUAUUUAUUUCCUCUUCGGGAAAGCCAUUCAAAUGUAAUAGUGGAUUUUGUUUUUCUUUUGGUCUUGAAGCAAAUGAGUGUGUAAAUAAUAUUUGCUGUGGUCUCCCAUUCACUCCCAUCGAAGUUUACCCUGCAAAUGUUUACUUCUGCGUUCAAAACCCAGUGUGUGAAAAAGGGCUAUUAUGGGGGCUGAAUUUUGAAAUGUCACAUUUUUGUAAGUUCUUUUACCCUCUUGUGGUAAGUGCAUUACACUUAGAACUUCAUUCAAGUGUAUUUGUAAAGACGGGUAAACAACAUUCUUUCUCCACUGCAUUUAUCAAGUUAGUGUUACAAGCCAUUUUACAAACUUAUUUAAAUAGCCCAUUUAUUUUUACGCACACACAAAACUAAGCUUUCUCUGAACAAAAAUAGCUCUUAUUGUUGUUGCUUUGGAUUUUAAAAAGCAUUUGAGAAUUCAGUCUUUCAACACCUAUCAUGUGCAUAACUUUUUGUGUAAGUUAUUUCCUUAUCUUUAUAAAAUACGUGACAUACCACAUCACAAGCAAGCCAAGGUCCAGAUGCAAUUGUAGCUUAGCACAGGAAAGCGGAAGGUAAUUUUUCACGAAUCUCUAAUGCCCCCCACUGGUUGGAAAUAGUAAGUUGCUACAUCGAGUGUCGUCACAACAUGGCCGAGAAUUGAGAUGAAGAGCUGAAUCGUUUUUAUGUCAUUAUAGUGGAGCUUUUCCAGUAACGAGCUAUUUUUAUUCCCAAGUAGCAAUAUAGCACACACCACACGCAAAAUUACAGAUUCAUAUGAGUCAUCGCUCAGAAUUGUUCCCUGAAGUCCCUGUGUGGCAUUUGAUAUGUUCUGUUUGUUACAGUCAGUGAGACUUUGUGUAAAUGUACAUUUCUGUUAUAUUCUAUAUAAGUGUGCAGUGCAAUCAUUUUAAAUAUAAGUAUUCCCUUUUUAAAUAUCUUCAAUUCCAACUAGUUCUUAGUAGCUAGUAGUAUAGCCUUGUCAAAAAAGAAACUUGACAGUGGCUACUUUAUAACUAGUUUGUAGUUUGGCAAGCUAAAGUUUAGAAUAAGCAUACUGCAUUCACACUAAAAUUUAACAUGGUAUAAUCAUGUUUUGGACACCACCAUUCAACAUUAUUCUUAAAUGUUUGGUAUAAACGUAAACAUGGUAAUCACAGUCCCAUGGAAUAACCAUUAAAUAUGAUCAUUGUAUCAUGGCACCACCACUGCAGUAGAUCAUUUAUUAUAUUAAUAAUCUUCAACAGUGCUUACCAUUUAGCAGUACUCAUUAGAUUACAGUACAUGACUACUGUACAAAUGUACAUGAAUAUAGUUCAUACUGUCAUGCAUACUUCAUUGUGCAUUUAGGUACUAUACAUGUACUGCAUGUUGUUUUAAGCAUUCAGAGGGGAGACGUUUAAACAUCAUUGGGUUCUAAUUUCUUUGUCAAGACUGCAAAAAAUAAAAAAACUUUUGAGGUGAAGCUCUGAAACCUCUGAGCAUGUGCCUCU